GGGCUGCUCCAAGCAGCCCUGAGAAAAGCUUUUUAUGAGGUAAAAAGUGAAGACUUCAAGGGCAGCAGCGGUGGUAAAUGUCUUGUGACAUUCACUGCUCCAGCUCUCCCCAGCGGCGCUGUACACUCCCGAGCCCUGGUUGCCGGGUACCUACAGCGGAGGCUCUGGUUUUCUUCAUGUUAGACACACACGGCUGGGGCUCUCCAGGAUCCCGUGGCCGCGCUUCGCGAGGUGACAUCAUCUAUCAGUGACCCCUUUGAUAUGAGUUUCCUGGAUGACAUCCCAUUCAAAUUCAAUGACGGAUUCAUUCCUCUUCCCCCUCCUGGAGACCGGACCCCCUGCCCCUCCAUUGUUCCAGACUGCAGCGAAUUACUAACAUGUCCUGCGGUGAGUCAAGGAGACACAUACCUCCAGCAUGAUUUUUCUGUGGAGAGGAAGGUCCUGGACUGGGUGGAAGGAUUGUAUGGUCUAAAUACCUUCACCUCAGAUGUCAAGCCUACAGCACCUACAUACUGGAUGAUUCAUGACAGGAAGGCGGGUUCCCAGACCAGGCGCAGUAGUCCCCAGAGGCCUUCCAUAUCCUUACAUAGAUGUAGAAGCCUUAGCACAUCAGAUGCCAACCCCGUUCGGCCACAAAGUAGCUUGGGGACAACAGACAACAUGGAUAAAAAUGACAGAUUCUUUGAGGAAGAUGGAUACUCUGAGGAUGAUGAGUAUUCUUCAUCAGAAGGAAGUGAGAUGGAGGCUCGUCAGAGAGAAGCCAGGGUACGUUUGUGCAAGAGUCCUCAACCACAGUGGACUCACAGACCACGUACAUCUCCCCUUGUGCCCAGUCCACCAUCCAGAUGCCGCUGCUCUCAUGUGAAGUCUCCUCCAUCACAUAUGAAAAAGAGAAAGUCAUUGACACCUUCACAAAGCUCUCGGAGCGAACUGGAUGCAGCAAAUAAAAGAAUUGCCACACUUGUGCACCACCACAAGGGGAGUUCUGAAGCCAGGGGCACCCACCAAACCCAGCACCAAAGGAAUAACUACUGCAGGCAAACUUUUAGCCCAACACCACCUCCAUCUUCCAAUUGUUGCUGCUCCAAGAGACCAUACAGCGCUGGCUCCAUUCCACCGAUUCGCUGCCACAAGCCCACCAACCCGUCUCUGAGCCCAUACUCCUGUCUCCCACCUACGCGGCAGACCCAUCCGGACUGCUCUGGAGACGUCUUGUUAGCUCUGAGCCAAGAGGAGCGUGAUGUCAUUGAAGCUGUGACAUCAAUGGGAUACCCGCUACGCAGGGCGAUGAUUGCACUGCAGAAAAUGGGAGGACAAAGCCUAGAACAGGUCCUAGGUUACCUUGGAGCCACAGAUCGGCUUUGUAAAGUUGGAUAUGAGGAGGUGCUGGUGGAAGAGGCAAUGGAAAUGUUCCAGAACUCUGAGAUAAAGGCCGCAGAAUACCUCCGCCUAUUACUUCAGUUCAAUGACAUGGGCUUCCAACAGGAUGACAUCAAGGAAGUGCUCCUGAUUUACGACAAUCACCGGGAUCGCUCUCUGGAGGAGCUCAUGAUGAGAGCUCAGUGAGAACAUCCCACUGGCAGCACAGCACCAAGCUGACAACAGCGCACUGACUGCUCAAUCCAGCUGCAUCUGUUCUGAAUCACUAGCUCUGCAUAGGGGUUAUGCUUUUUUCUC